CAGAUGAUUCUCUUUAACCGGCGCAGAGAAGGAGAGGUAGCAAGCAUGCCUUUGUCUGUGUUUUUAUCAAGAGACAUAUCUGAUCCUCAUGAGGACGUGGACUGGGCACUCUCUGAAGUGGAGAAAAAACUCUGCAGACACUUCACAAGGGUUAUCACCAGGGGAAAGCGUGGUCGACCGGUUCCAAUUCUUCUGACUCCCAAAAUGUUGAGCUCCUUAGAACUCCUUGUUGAGCAGAGAGAGGCUUGUGGUGUUUUAAAAGACAAUGCCUAUAUGUUUGCUAGACCAGAAGCCAUGACACAUUUCCGUGGGUCAGACUGUCUCCGUGGCUUUGCAAAGCAGUGUGGUGCAAAGUGUCCCAAGGCACUGACAUCUACGAGGCUGCGAAAGCAUGCUGCUACUCUUUCAACUGUGCUGAAUAUGACGGACACCGAGAUGGACCAGCUGGCUAACUUCCUUGGGCAUGAUAUAAGAAUUCAUCGUGAGUUCUAUCGACUUCCAGAGAAGACCCUGCAACUUGCCAAGAUCAGCAAGAUUUUAAUGGCUCUUGAGCAAGGAAGAUUAGCAGAGUUCCAUGGCAAGAACUUGGAUGAAAUGGGGAUAGAUCCUGAUGAAAAAGUGGAAAUUGACUGUGAAGAUGAGGAAGAUGACAUUGAGGAAGGACACUGUUCAACUAUUGUAGUCGAAACUUCAGAAGAUGUGGCCCUUCCUUCUGCCGAAAUGAAUUUGUCACCAUCACCCAAAAGAAGCACUCCGUCAGAUCAGCGAAUGUCUUCUGGAGCCAGCGCUAUGAGGCUGCCUUGCAAGGGUAAAACUACCAAAAAGAAGAGUCAGAAGAGUCCUUGGCAGCAGCCUGAGGUGCAGGCAGUGGAAAGGCACUUGAAGCCGUUUAUUUUAUCUGGCACUGUCCCAGCAAAAAGGGAUUGUGAAAAAUGUCUGAGAGCUGAACCUGAAGCUUUGAAGAACCGCGAUUGGAAGACAGUAAAAUUUUACAUAUAUAAUCGCAUCACAGCAUACAAAAAAAAAUUGGAGAGUAAACAAUAGUAUAAAUAUAAUCGUUCAUGCCAGGAAGUAUGUUUAAGAGUUAACAAAAAUAGAAUAACUUUGUUUGACCAUUUCAGCUUGUGGUUUUCAAAAACAUGCUGCAAAAGUUUCCAAUAGUGUGUCAUGUACAAGCCAAAGAGCGUUGGUCUGUGUUUCAAAGAUGUAUUUGUUCAUUCACAUCUGUAAAAGGAAGUAUGUGUUAAAUAUAGUUAAAGGGAUGGUUCACUCCAAUUUUAAAUUUGUCAUUAUUCCUCCUAGUGUUUUUAAACCCUUGAUACCAUCCAUCUUCAGAGCACAAAUGAAAAUAUUUUAGAUGAAAUGCAAGAGCCCUC